AGUAACUCACGCAAUGUUUACCAUGUGAACUCGCAGACACUGAGAUAGAGAAAUAAUAGGGGAAAAGUCACGGGAAUUAAAUGGAUCCACAAAUCCUUUCUCUAGCCAGAGAGCUUUCCGAUUCUAUAGAGACUAUUUUGAAUCCAUCUAGUACACAGAAUGUUAGGCAAAACGCCCACAAGAUCUGUGAGGAGUUCAAGGAUUCCUCACCCUUUUGUGUUCCUGUUGGGCUGGUGUUAGCUGAGAAAGCAUACAAACCAGUGGUACGCCAUUUUGGAUUACAGCUGUUGGAACAUGCCAUCAAGUUCAGAUGGAAUAAUAUGAAAACAGAGGAAAAGGAGUAUUUGAAGAAAAAUGCCUUACAAUUCAUGGCAACAGGGACUCUUGGGAUUCUUGAGGAGGAAUUCCAUUUAAAAGAUGCUGUUGCCCGAAUCACUGUGGAACUAGCCAAGCGAGAAUGGCCCCAGCUGUGGCCCUCUCUUCAGGAGGACCUCUACAAACUCUGCCAAAUGGGGGAGACGCAGACGGAAUUGGUACUGAAGGUGUACCUGCGUCUGGUGGAGGACGCCGUGCUGUUACAGACCAUUCCUCACCAGAGGCGGCGUGAGAUUAUGCUUGGACUGACUGCCAACAUGAAGGACUUGUUUGAAAUGUUCAUUCAGUUCCUGAGAAAUCACACCAGCCUUGCUACUGAAUAUGUGAAGUCUGACCCCCAGAAGAGUAAGUCCCACCUGAGGGUCAGUGAGGCCGUGCUUUACACGAUGGCCGGCUACCUGGACUGGGUCAACAUGAACCUCAUCUUCACCAAUAACAGUGUAUUGCUACAGAUGUUGUGUCUGUUGCUUGACAACUGUAGUCUGCAACUCCUGGCAGCAGAAUGUCUGCUCACCAUUGUUGGAAGAAAGGGGAAGGUGGAAGAGAGGAAGCCAUUAUUGGUCCUGUUUAGUGAUGAAGCCAUGAAGAUCAUCCUCAGUACUGCAGCGGCUGCAGAAAAGAGUUCUGCCCACGAUGAGUACUACUAUCUGUUUCUGAAGAAGCUGAGUUUGGUUCUUACUGAUCUUGGAAAACAAGUGUGUGCCCUCUGGGGUGUUGUACCAGAUUGUGGACAGCCCCCUAACUUUGCCAUGUAUUUAGAAGCCUUGAUGGCCUUCACACAACACCCAAGUCAGAUAUUAAGCAGUUACACCCAGUCAGUAUGGCAGGCCUUUUUAAAGCAUGAUUUUAUAAGUAAAGAUGCCAUUCUUCUCUCAUUUUUGCCAAAGUUAUUUGAAACUUCAUCAAAAAUCCUGUUAAAGGUUGGUUUCCCAUCAAAGAACAAUUCUCCGAGUUGUGAUUACUCGCGACAAGACUUUGACAGUGAUGAAGAUUUCUCAACUUUCUUCUCCAGAUUCCGAGCAGACGUCUCUGACACGGUUCGCCAUGCAGUUCUCUUACAACCGGAGCUGGCUUUUAACUUUGCCAAACAAUGGCUGGAAACUACCAUGUGUAAACCAAUAGACACAGGGACAGAGACUAAUGGACUUUGUAACCUGUCCUCGCCUUCUUUCUUAGAAUGGGAUGCCAUGACUCUAUUUAUAGAAUGUGUAAUGUCGAGGAUAGGGAUGACUGAUUUCACCCCUGAUUCUGAUAAUGGGGUGGCUCUACUCAAAAGUGUCCUAGCUUAUCAGUCCCAGGAUCCCUUAAUUUUGUCCAGCUUGUUGUCAUGUUUGUCAGCCUUAGUGGUGUUCCUGAAAAAUUCAACAGAAACUGUACCAGCAGUGUUAGAGAAGAUAUUUUCAGGCGUAAUGUUUGCUUUCCCCGGACAAAACAAGAGUAACAGGAGUCGUUCUGUGAAGAACGUGCGGCAGCAUGCCUGUUCGAUGCUGGUGACGAUUUGUAAAACACAGACAGACCUCAUAUUUCCAGUGUUUGAUGAAUUGUACCGAUACGUACAGAACAUCUCUAGAGACACAGAGCAACUGUCACAGAUGGAGAAAUGUAUACUGAUAGAGGCCCUUAUACUUGUGUGCAAUAGAUUUAACAAUUAUGAGAAGCAAUCUGCAUUCCUUGUAGAAAUCCUUCAACCAGCCAAAGAUCUGUGGUUGUCUGAGCAAUUCCAGGUGGCCUUCAGUGGAUCAGACAAGUGGAUGUCUUAUAUAGGCCUGGAUCAAGCCCCUGUAGAACCAAGCUCGAAGGACACGUGUGGAAUUAACAGGUCACAUAUUGCAUAUUGUAUAAAUAUUUUGAUGGCUGUGCUGAAGAGAAGCAAAUGGCCAGAGGAGAUGCAGGUUGCAGAGAGUGGGGGAUUCGUGCUUAUGAAGAGAGAUGAUGGCUCCCUUAUUCUGAAGAACCCAGCAACUGUACAUGUCAGCAGAAUGCUGGAAAACCUCCUCCUCUUUAUGAAAAGCAUGAAUGGCAGCUGGCAUCCAGACAUGUUACAGAGAAGGCACACAGAGUUCGAGAAAUCUUUCGAUCUGGUGGAAAAUGAAAAAUACGCAAUUUUAGGUGUUCCCAUGCCCUGUGUGGAUAACUCCAGUUCUCCAGUGUGUAAGAACCCAGUCACCAGAAUGCAGAACUUCCUCACAACUAUGCAUGAUUAUGGCUGCCAUAUCCUGGGUAAUGCCGGUCAGUGUUUAGGAUACGAGUUUUAUGCCAUACCCAACCUCCCCCAGUCUGUCCUGUCCACUGUGUUCACCAAUCUCGAUUACCUGCCGGACUACAGACUUAAACCAUUCAUCAGAGUGAUUCUGAAGCCUUAUAUUGUGAACUGCCCCAAGGACUUGUACUCACUAGCUGUGAUGCCAUUGUUAGAAUUUGUGUGUCCUUAUUUUUAUCAGAAAUUGAAUUCGAAGUGGCAGCAAAUUAACCGCAGAAUGAGUGAAGAUGGUUGUGAAGAGAACAUGGAGACACAGGAAAUACUUGAAGACCAGUUGACACGACAACUGACCAGAGAAUAUAUUGACUUGUUAGGAAUAAUGUUUCACAAGUUAAAACAAGACCCAGUUCCUGAUGAUGCCAAGAUGGAUGAUGCAGAGAACAUCCCAGUGACUCAUAAAGAAGAACCCAUGACAGAGCUGGGGCAACUGUGUAUGAAAAGUGAGAGUGUUUACCCGUCGGUGAUGAUGUGUGUGUUUGGGGCCUUGUCAUGGAGGGACACCAUUGCCUGUAACAAAUCAGUUUCUCUGUGUUGGUCUACAGUCAGACAACUAUUCAGUAAUGGUACCAUGACUUUGGAUGUUGCGUCUAACUUCCUGUGCAGUGGAAUUUACGGACUACAGAUGCACGGGCAACACGAGGGUCCACUGAGUCUCUUGUUGGGACUCGUCACGCAGAUGUAUGAACUCCUGAGGCCAGCCUUUCCUGAUCUGUCCAGUGUUCUGCUGCAAGUUCCUAGUUGUAAACCAUCAGAUGUGAAGGAUCUCGAUACUAAAAUCCUCCAGACAGCAUUGCAGAAGCAAAUAGGAAAUGAUAAAAAGCGAAGAGAGGCAUUUAAGAAGAUGUUGUCAGGUGUAAUCGGGAAAAAUGUGGGUGAGCAGUUUAAGCGGGAGUCCCAAUACAGAGACCUUCCCCCAAUAUUUAGAAUCAAGCCCCCCAAGUCUGCAGGCGUGCUGGAGCAAAGAGAGGGUACUAGUGGACUCUGUGAACUCUUCAACCCGUCUGAUGAUUGAGAGGAGAAUGAAGAGGAGAGAUUAGGGAAUGACGGGAACUUGGUCUAACCAUAGGACAUUGAAUUGUGAUAAGAGAUAUGAUAGGAGAGAACUACAUUGUAACACCCGGCAUGUAGUACAAAGUCGGAACAAUGCAGGACAGAAAAAAAUUAAACAGUUGUGUUUGGAUGAGAUUAUGGCAGAUCUGAGGCAUGAAUAUGGAGGAGCAGAAAAUCCAUGCAUGAUUUGAACACUUUUUCUAGGAUGGGGUAGUGUAACAAAACAAAACCAAGCGUGAAGAGUUGUGAGAGUGUCAUCUCUUCUGUUAUAUGUAAUUGUACACUCCGCUAUCAGGGAUUGGCCACCGGGGUGGAGAAGACUGGUGCUUCUCUUUUUUAAGUGUUUUGAAGACUAAGAUAAUGAAUCUUUGUUAUGUGUGAUGAUGGUAAAUGAAUUAAUGUAAGGGAGAUUACUGUUCAUGUGUACAGUAUUAACUGAUUUGUUUACUCCUGUCAGUCCUAAUGCUGAAAUAUUAAAUAAAUGACUCCAAGAGUAUACAAGA